CCCAGCAGCACCAGCCCCUCCGCCUCCACUACCUCUCUUCAUCUUCUCACCCGAUACAUCCCUUACGCUGAGGGUAUGCUUUUCUCAGUCCCCUUUCCCACUCCGAAUGUCAGGGCUUUUCCCAGGAGAGGGGCAGCCUGUGCAAAGGCCCUGAGGUAGCGGCGUGCGGGGCAGCUGCGGGUGUGGCUGGAGCUGAGCGAGGGAGGGGGCAGUGGGCAGAAGUGAUUUGCGAUGUGACUCAUCCGGGCAGAUGGUGGCCAGAGCGAAGCCCCAAUCUUCUUACCCAAAUCCCCUUAGGACUUCCGCCGCCCCGGCCGCCUCCGGCCUCUCCUGCCGGGCAGCGCCAUGCCGGGGCUGGCGGGUGAGUUGGGGGCCGAGAGCGGGAGCCGGGCCCCACCCCUGUACGAGGAGUACCGCCCGCCGCCCCUGGACGCCAUCCGCCUGCCCCGGUACGCGCUGUACCUGCUGCUGGCAGCGCUGCUGGUGCUGGCCGUGGCCUAUGCCAUUGUGGGCCAUCUCAUCAAGGACCUGGCCCACGACCUGGCCGACUGGGCCUUUGGCCCGAAGCCGGACCAGGAGGACGCCCCCCGGGAGCUGCGCCCGAGCCUGGAGGAUGAGGAUCUGGAGGAGCUGGACCUGCGGCUGGCCCUGGCCUGGCGGGGCGAGGAGGACAACGGCGGGGGUGCUGAGGGCGCGCCUGCAGCAGCCCCCGCCCGGGCCCCCCACCGCCCCUCCAUCGCCUUCAAGGAACCGCCCGCCCGGAGCUCCUGGAGGCUGGACUGAGCUGGCACUGCCCUCGGCUCAGGCCCAGCGGCCGCCCCUGCCUCAGCGCUGUCCAGACGGGACCUGGGCCCCGGAGCCCCUUCUCCACGCUCGGCCCUGUCUCGGCAGAGAACCUGCCUUUCCUGGCUGCCGGGACUCUGCCGUUUCCACACGCCUGCGCCCCCGAUUCCC